GUGAGGGGCCGCCAUAGCCACGGCCAUGGCGCCGCCCGCGCCGCCCCCCUCUCGCGUCUUCGCCGAGCUCGACCUGGCCCCGUCCCCGGCCUCGGAGGCACGCGUGGAGCCUGCGGCGCUGCCCGGGCGGGAGGUGCAUGUGAGCGGCAGCGCGGAGCUGAGCGCCCGCCCGGACCGGGCGCGGGUGUCGCUGCGGCUCGGCAGCCGCAAGGAGGCGGCCGUGGCGGCGCGGAGCAGCGUGUCCCGCCGGCUGCAGUACAUCGCUCAUACCGCCCGCCUGCACGGCAUCCCGGAAGAAAAUAUGACUGUAACAGAAGAUUUUAGUAGAGUAGAAAAUACUUACCAAAUGGAAGCAGAGGUCUGUAUCAUAUUCAGUGAUUUUGGAAAAAUGCAGAAUGUUUGCAAUCUACUCAUUGAAAAGUUAGGAACCUCUGUUACCAUCAAUCCACCUCAUUUCUACCAUACACCAGAAGCCAUAGACACACUUCGCCGCCAAGUGUGUGUCACUGCCGUGGGAAACACACGCCGGAAGGCCCAGGAAGUCUGUCAGCUGUUUGGCCAGGCCUUGGGAAAGCCUUUAUUGAUAAAAGAAGAGGAAACAAAAGAAUGGGGAGGCCACAUAGACAGUCACCUGUCACACUCUGCUGAUUCACAGACUCUGCAAGAAAGAAUCCAAAAUGCUACUGCUUAUGCAUCUUGUAGAGUGUUUGCUGCAUUUGAGAUAAAGGGAAAAGAAAACAGAAGAAGCAAAUUGCCCUAGAAACCUUCAAAUCCUACACAUCUUAAUAAAAUCUUUAUCCUUACUUGUGAUUUUUGAUGUUUUUAAUUCACUCUUGUGGUAAGUCUGUCCUCUAAAAUUAAGGUUACAGUUAAUUCUGAAAGUACAGUUCACAACUGCUUUUUUUUUUCCUGGCCCCUGUAAAACAGCAAGAUAUUUGAUGUGCCAAACAUUUGGCACACCUGGCUGAAACUGUGCUAUAUCUGAAACUGUGUUUACCUUUCCUCCCAAAACUGGAAGGAAAUUAAUCCCCAUUGCAGAGUCGUGACAAUCUGAACAGGCAUUGUGUUCACCUCUGACAAAAGUGAGUGUCCAACAUAAAACCUGCUUAGGAAUGUUUUAUUUCAUCAUAGGAAAAAAAUAUACAUUUUAUCCUGGUGUCUGUUUGCUCAGUUUUAAAAAGGACAUCUGUUAUCUGGAUGUACAUUACAUGUACAGACACUGAAGUACUCAGUCAUGAGGGUAGAGUUUUUUCAACCAUGGCUGCAUAAUGUAUUUUGAUCCAUCAUAUCCACUGAAGUAGGUUUCCAUAUCAGGGUGAUACACCUGAAAAAUAAAUAUUUCAAGUUGAAGAAGCAUUAGAAUUGGCAAUAAAUAUAAACUGAUACUUAAAUGAAGUAGACUACAUUGUUUGAAAACUCCUGAUGAGUCUUUAAUGUACAUAGAGAUACUUUCAAUGACAUUUUCUGUGUACCAUAACUGAAUUUCUGUCAUCAGAAUAGCAAUUCUAUCCAAGUACUUUACAAAUGUUGAACAGAUCUCCUGAGAUGUUACAAACUAGAUUUACACCAGCAUCAAUGUUUAAAAUCAGCGCUGUUUCUUACUGAAGUAGUUCCCACUUGUGUUGCUCCAACUUAUGAACCUCUAACACUUGUUAGAGGUAUUUGGUAUUUCUUUUAGCUGGAUCAGUUAUCUAAUCCAAUGAGGCAGCAAGAACAGUAAAGAAGCUGUGGGGGAAAUGGUGAAGACAGACCCAGGAGAUGACCCUAGGUCCAAUAUGAAGAUGCAAACCCACCAAGGACAAUCCAAGCCUUGUCUUGGUGCAGGAAGCCCACAGUGAGUGGCUCAGAACUGUCAGCUGGAAAAGGGUCGUGACAAGUCGAAGCAUUUUCUGAUCUCUCAACUCUUCAAGAAAUUACUGUGCCUGUUAGGCUAUGAAAAGGCUGAGUAAGGGCAAUCCACAGACCUUUUGAACUGGAGGCAUGACUCACCAUCUGUUAAUAAUCUCAGCUAGACAACUUUGAAAUACCUGGUUUUGUGAGCUUGUUACCAGUAGUUUCUCCAAUAAUCUGCGUGGAGAAUUAACCUGCCACGUGGGCAAAUAAAGCAAUUUGAUACCUUAAAAGCUAAUUCCACAAGGUAAAUAUUUAAGAUUAAGUAUCUGUUUCUCCUGAUGGAAUAUAAAGGAAACUGAAGGUAGCCAGCUAACUGGCAUAGUGGAAGGUGCAUUUUUUAGACAGCGUGGGCAGAAUCCAGUUUUAAAUGUUUAUGAUACUCAUCUGGAACGGCAUAGUUUCUGCUCCUAAAUUCAGGCACGUUGGCAUAUUCUAUAUGACAAUUGGUGGCUAAACCAGAAUGGACUGAACUAAGACUUCUCCUGAAUAAAAGAGGUGAUUGUGUCACACUGUGGUUGAGACGGGUCCUUUAUGUGCAGUAGCACAGUUUUGAGAGAGAGCAUGGAGAGCCUUCAGGCCAGGCUGACUUACACAAUUCCUUUGGGAGGUUUUCCCAAAAGGCAGAGGAACGUGCCAAUUUUUAAUCUGCCCUGUUUGACUAGACCAAGUGUCUCCUGUUAGGUGAAUGGUUCAUCUACUUGCUGUUUUUUUUAAAUACAGACCCUGCCACUGUCCACAGAGAAGGCAUCCACAACAGCAUAGGGUUCCCUUGCAAAAAGCCACCUGUAUGUGGCAUGCAUGCCUGAAGGCUGUUUUCUGGCUCAGAGUCUCAGACUAGUCUAAAAAUCAGGUGUGCCUUGCAUAAGCCAGGAAUCAAAAGCUACUUCAACCCUGAUACACAAAACAGAAUUUUGGCUCCCGAAGAACUUUGCAGAUAAGAAAGAAGACAUUCUUCAGUCUGGGCAGCAGCUGAGCAGGAGCUGUUUGAAAUGGAGAUUUUUCAGAGUAGAAUUGAGAAACUAACAUACUUUACUAGAUCCCCAGAAUAUAUAUAAUGGAAAUCAAGUUGCCAAAACACUUACAAACCUCAGCAAUUGGAUACUUCAAAGUGGGUACUACCUGAGUUUGGUCAUUUUUCAGCUUCAAAAACCCAUGCUUGAAAGUACAGCAGUAAUUUGUUUAUCUGCUUUCUCUGUUAGUUUUCACUAACUUUGCAUCCUAGCUGGUAUCUAUUAAGCCAAAGGUCAGCCAACUUUUAAACAUACAGGAUAACAAUCAAGUUGCAGUUGAAUAAAAAUAAAUACUACCUCUAAUCCCAUAAUAACUGUUAUCUCUUCCUCAGAAACAUAAGCUGUAGAUUUGCCAAAUCCAUUUGCUUUGUUAAUUAGAAUUCGAUAGUG